AUGGUGGCCUAUCGACUUUUGACUCUCACUUAUUGCACUGCCUGUGCUCCUUACUUGGCUAAUAAAGGCCCACCGUUGUUAAAAUUGCACUCAACAAAAUGGCCAGAUCAUCGCUUCAAUUCUUCGAAAACAUCUGACUUAGAACCACGAGUUCAAGAAUGCCAUCAAGUAUUGAGUGAAAUCAAAGGUCCAUUCGAUUUAAUGUUCAAAUUUUCCUCCUGGCCUAAAUUGCUCCGAGUAACUGCUUAUUGCAAGAGGUUUGUUGAUGCCUUUCAUUUCAAAUACUCUAAAUGCCUACAGUCUAAACCUCAAUGUUUGCCUCCUUCGCCCAGUACGCUUGAAAUCCAAAAAGCCGGAAUAUUUUGGAUUAAAUAUGUUCAAGUUAGUUCCUUCUCGCUUGAACUGCAGGCUUUGAGACAAAACGAGGGAAUUGCACAAAAUUCGCCUCUGGAAAACGUAAAUCCAUUUUUUGAUGCUAUUAAACUCUUACGAUUAAGAGCAAGGUCACGGCAUGCUCAUAUCAGCUUUGAUGAGAAGCAUCCCAUAAUUUUACCACAGCAUCCCCUGAGUAAUAUGUUAGACGUAUAUGCUCACAUUAGAUCCCUACACGGUGGUCUACAAUUGACCUUGCAUAAGCUCAGGCAGCGAUUCUGUAUCUUAAGAGCGCACCCUCUGGUUGAAGGCUUAAUCAAGGAUUGCUUCGAAUAUGCGCGAGAAAGAACGACUCUUUCCCAGGAACUAAUGGGGGCCUUACCUGAUUUUAGAGUAACUCCUAAUCGCCUCUUCACACAUACAGGAUAG